CCCCGGAGCCUCGUCACAGUACAGUACGUGCAAUGGAGGAUAAAAAAACUAUCUCGACUUCAUGAAAACUAAUAUUUCUCAUAUGGCUCCUGUUUUCCGGAAUUUUCAUAAUCGCAUUGUCCACAAAUACUCGAUCGUCACGGAUGUUAUCAAAGGUGCAUGUACUUUUCCGCGAGUCAGUUGGCUCCAAGGACCGGACCGUGAUGGAAGCAUAAUCGAUAUUGUGAAACAUUCGAUAUAGAGCAGCAAGAAAAUAUGGCCAAAUUCGGCGUUAAGGCUGUCACACAGGUUUAACGAAACAUAAUCAUCAUUUUUUUAAAAUCAAUAAAUUAAAAAGAAACAUCACCGAUAAACGUGAAUGCCUGUGACGAGGAAUUGUACGGAUAUAUUAUGAUUGGGACGAGGGUAUGCGGUUACCUGUUUUUGUUAACAUUUUUGGAUUCAGUGCUACUAAUAAGGCCGUCCUUUCACGGUCACAACAAUGCAUUCGUCCAGGAUGACAAGGACGUUCAAUAUUUAUUGGACAAUAUACCCAUGUCCAUGCACAAGGAUUUUACUGGAUCAGUGCACGUGGCCGGGGAUGGAAUGGAUGACAAAGCGGUGCCAGAGUCAAUAUCCUACAUUCAAUUUGAGCCACGUGUCUUAGACUUCAAAGAAAGGCAAUUGGGAGUUCCCCACAAAAAAACCGUGACGCUGUUGAAUCGGGAUGCCAACAGGACGAUUCAUCUGACAUCCAUAUCGGGCAGUACACAGCACUUUCACUCGUCCUUUUUCCAGGAUAAAGUGAUUCCACCCCUGGGGAACACGACUUUCAACGUGAUAUUCCUCGGGAGGGAGGAGGGUGAAAUUGACAGUCAGCUGUACAUUCACACGUCAGAUGGAACCCUGAAAUAUCAGGUGAAGGGGUCAAGUGUCAGCAGUCCCUAUAGACUGCGACCAGUUGUCGGUGUCAAGCUGCCACUCAAUGCGUCAUUCACACCAUUAAUUUACAUGCACAAUCCGCAUUCGGAGCCCAUGCAGGUGGUAGAAGUGUACAGCAGCGGCGGUGAAUUCCAAUUGGAAUUGCCCUCGGGGGAGGCAGAGGGUCCCCGGGAACUCUGGGAGAUAGCACCAUACCAAACAAAACCAGUCAUAAGAUUACAUUUCAAUGCAUAUGUAGAGAAAAAUCAUACAGCGUACGUGAGAUUUAAAGUGAACAAUAGCGCAGAAAUAAUGGUAGUAGCAAUCGAAGUGGAAGUUGGAAACGGCGCUGGACUUCACUGGGGUGGUAAUUCCGCCUCAAUAAACCUGGGAAUGGGAGGAUCCCUGCAGUCCCCAACUCAUUAUCCAAUAGCCCUGCGAAACUCUGCGAAGAAGCCAGUGAAAGUGGUGAACGUCAUCAGUACACCUGUAUCAAAAGCCCUGAGAAUAAACUUCGAAUCGACUGUGAUACCGGGGGAGACAGAGACCCCCGUGACCAUAGGGACUUUAAUCUACGAUUGGAAAGCCGGCCUGGACCUGAAACACCUGAAGGGUAAACUCGUGAUAAAGGGAAUUGGCCCUGGUGGAUCUAGUCAGAAGCUCGCGAUUCCCUGGAUGGCAGACGUUCUUCAGGGUGGUUUAGAAAUAAACAAGACAGUGGCCCACUACUGCUCACCUCACUCGAAUCAACCCAGAAAUUUCAGUGUUGUUAAUAGAUUCAAAGUGCCACUGGCCAUCACCAACGUGUCCCUCUCGUCAGAGGCUAAAUCUCUUUUCUCCAUAAAGAACUUCAUUCCCAGAGUUCUGAGGUCUGGACAGAAGGCCAACAUAUUCACGCUGAAUCUCAACAGCGAUGGAAAGGGUGACAGCACCAAGCUGGAGUCAUCGAUAAUCAUUCACUCGAACGUAUCGACAACAGAGGUGCCACUGCUGAGUUACGAUGGAAAAGUCAAGAAAAUCAUCCCUGGGGAGAGGGAGAGUGAUCGUGGCACCAUGAAUUUUGGCACUGUUGGCAGUGGAACUGAGAAUGAAGCGAUAUUCGCGUUGGAGAAUCAAAAUCCAGUUAAUGUAGAGCUCCAUGGCUGGGGGGUAAAUAUGCCAGGGGCAGUGCUGGAGCUCAUGGGGUGUCAGAGUGGUCCCACCGACCUCUUCAACAAGGGCCUCAGAAAUAUGAGUGUAUGCAGCAAUUCUGGAAACCAGAGCAUCAAGCCUGGAUAUCUGGCAAUCUUCAAGAUCAAGGUGAAAACUCCGAUGAUCGAGGAGGACACAAUUGUUGGGGACGUCUUUGUAAGAACUACGUAUGAGAGACUGACAGUUCCUGUUUACAUGAGAGUCGCUCAUGGCAGAAUUUCCCUGAAGAAACUCACGUUCUCGGACUGUUUCCCCGGGUCCAUUUGCAUGCAGCAGAUCAAGAUUCACUCGACGUUCUCACGUUCCAUGCAAGUUACGGUGAUUGCUCCAGUGGAUAAAGAUAAUAGGGUGAGAUAUGUUCCCCUGGAGGAGUCUGAUAAUCUCCCGAUGAUAUCCAAGGGGGAGAAUCACGUGGGCACGAUCAGAAUUGAUCCAUCGGUGACGUGCAAGCCGCACUGCUACCUGGGACUGUCUCUCAAUACAACCGCUGGGAACCAGUGGCUCAAUACUAUGAAUCUACCCUCCCACACCAGGGACUCCGAUGUAAAUCUACUCAAUGCAAGGUACUCUCGUUACUUGAAUAUCUCAUCUAGCUGGGAUAACAUCACGAUGCGACUGGAUACCACUGAAGUACGUGGCCACAAGUUUUUCGUCAAUAUCAAACCAUAUUGGCCUUCUCUAGUUCUCCCGGAGGAACAUAAUCUCAAUAAUCAGAGGAAUAAAACCCUCCAGCCACUGGCGUUUCCCCUUACUCAGGUCGGUAACACAUCCUUCAAGAGUCUAACGAUUCACAAUCCUAGCAGCACUAAACCUCUCUUCAUUCAACUCGUCAUGGACUGGAGUUAUCCCCAAGGGGUUAGAUUGUACCACUCAUUGCCCAAUAAAUUUAAACCCCUCUGUUACGAGUGUCCAGCAACAAUUGAUGGAGAGUUCAAACUCAACGGCCAGCAAGAGGAUAGAAAUUCCUUUCAGAAAUUCUCACAUCUCGAGACCUCCGUAGACUCACUACCACUGUACCUCAAUCCUGGUGAAUCAAGAACAAUAAAACUCUCGUAUACACCAUCCUCAGCGACUUUCUCCUCAGGACUCCUUUACAUCAGGAAUAACCUGACGAUUCUUGAAGUAGUUCGUCUGGUGGGACGUGGGGCACACGCCCAAUUCAAAUUUGGAAACAGAAAGCCCAGUUCGAAUACUCCUUUGCUCUUUGAACUCGCUGAGAAGCACCUCAAGGAUUGCGAGCAGAAGGAAACCGCGAGGAAGAAUACACUUCCCAAUUUAACAGUCAAGCGAUCCUUCACUGCUAGAAACACUGGAGAAUUACCUAUCGAUGUUUAUGGGUUUUCCAUCAGUGGAAUUGCUUGCGAGGGGUAUGGAUUCAAGGUACUGAACUGCGAGUCUUUUAAACUUAAUCCAAAUUCAACGAGAAAAAUCGAGAUUGCUUUCACACCAGAUUUCACUCUAUCGAAGAUCGAGAGGGAGUUGAUGAUAUUCACUAGCAUAGGGGGUGAUGGACCAGACUCGGAUAGAGUGGAGAAUGGAGUAGUCAGGCUUUCACUUCUCACGACUAUUCCAGGGCAUAUUCUUGAGAGUUGUGCUGCUGUUUUGAUUAGACCAACGUGGGAACGACCUGUCCACUGGGCAGCAAUGGGUCUCUCCUCGAUUCUGCUAGUGUGCGUUCUAGCUGUCUCCUUUCUCGAGGCUGAUAGGAUACUCAGGGGAGCCUUGGAGAGCAUGUCGAGGAGUAGUCCAGUGCAGCCUCCUCUGGAUCUCAGACAACUGGCCACUCAGGCUGUAUCCACUCUUUCCAAGGACAAACUUAACGAGGAUAAUAACAAGGUCGUUGUGAAGAAAAAGGAGGAGCCUGACUGGGGGCUGAUGAAUGUCAAGAGAGGAGGGAAGGAAUCCAGGGGUAUGAAAAUACCAGACUGGUCAGCUGAGGAGGAGAAACGUUUUAAAAAUGAUACGGAAAUAAAGGACAAGUCCGAGCAAGUCCCUGAGGUGAAUCACGAGAGUGUCCAGAAGAUAGGGAAAAAGAAGAAGACAGUGGAUCCAGAGACCUCGGAGAAUCACGAGAAAGUCAAUAUUCCUGCGAAAGCCAGUCCAAUUGUCAAUAAAUCUCAUAAAAAAGAGGACAAGGGUGAGGAUGAGUCGGUGAAUACCGCGAAUGAACCCAAGGAUAAACGUAAAUUCGCACAGCACAAUAAUAGUGGUAACUCCACAAAUAAUCCUGGAACGUACAAAAAAUACGAGGGCAACACUAGUCAGAAACUUCAGUACUCGGAGGAGGAGACAUCGUCGACGACCACUGAGAGUUCCACACAGGAGGAUCAGGUGAGCUACAGCAAGGAGCAGAUUUACCAGAAAGCGGAUAAGACCCAGAGGAAGACGCCCCUCAAGAAAAACAAACAGCAGACGAGUCCAGUUUCGAAUUCAAUCGACUACAGGGACAACUAUGAGGGCGACUGUGACGACGAUGAUUACGAUAAAGAGCGUCAGGAUAAUUCAACAAGAUGGAAAACAAAUUCGGGGAAACUUGCGACGUCGACAAAGCAUCAUCAUCAUCAUCAUUAUCAUCAUCAUCAUCAUCACCACCAGUCGAGGGCAGCUGAGAGCUCUCUGGGGGGAUUUAAGCAGAUGAAGAAUAAGAAUCCAGUACGCAAAGAGAAGACCACGCAGAAGAGGCGGAUUGAUAAGCCAGUGAAACUCAGCAAUAAUGAGAUGAAGACAGAAACAAGACCAGUGGUCAGAGCACCCUCACCUCAGCCUCCACCUCCACCUCCGGCCUGCUGGGGGGAAAAUCGUCCCAGAUUCAGUGACGUCGUCACGAGGAAUCAGGAGUGCAUAUCCCCAGCGUUUAUAAUUAAUAAACCCCUAGUAAAACACGAGACACAAGUGAAAAAGAGUCAGGACGACCAUCAGAGGCAGUCGAUGGAGGUCUAUAAACCCAAACUUGAGAUUCACCCAGAGAUCAAUCUGCAGUUCACGUCCGAACAUUAUUCUGGGAUCACUGACACCCAGGAUAGAUUCUCUGAGCCCCUGAUGCUGGGAAAUCACGAGGAAUCCAGCAGUUACUUCAUGAAUUCAUUUGAGCCACAGUUCGAGCGCGAGCUCGUACCCUACGACGAUCUUCCUGAGACAGACGAGCCUCUGGUGGAGCUCGAAUGCCUCGAGGAGACCAGGUGUCCAAUCUGGGGGGAAAAAAAUCCCAUCAGUAAUUCGUUGGCCGAGGGGAAUUCAUCAGGGUAUGGGGUAAAUGCAACUCCCAAACAUGUUGACAAACUCUCGCCCCUUGUCGACACCUUCAGGGAUAAUUGGGUCACUGUUGAGACCAAUUGGGAGCCCCUGUAUACGAGGGGGGCGGUAGGGGAGGAGAGGAGUGGAGUCUGGGGGGUUAAUACUGGGGGUGUGUGGGCUGCUGCACCCUGGGGGGCUCCAACACCUGCACUCUGCCCUCUUCAAACCUCAUCUCAGCCAUCAGAUCACGAUUUACAAGAUCGCUCUGGCUUCGAUCCCUUCAGAUCUCUCAGUACAAUAUGGACCCCUGCAUCCACCUCCAACUGGCCCACCAAGAAUAAUUAACGGGGACUUGUUGAAUUCAAACCAAAACAGCACGGUUGUGAUUUAUUUUUUUUUUUCAUCUGUUAAUUCUCUCCUCGUCGCUUUCCAAGACAGUGCCAAGUGAUAAAUUGAGACGUGUAGAAUUCAAUAAUCAUUUUAUUACCCAUUUACCUCGAAAAUUAUGAAUUCGAUAUGAAAACAUUAAAGGACUUUUUUGGUGCUGAUUAAGUUUUUAACUUUUUUUUUUUGGAUCAGUCGAUAUUUAAUACAUCUGGCUAAUUCAACUCAUCUUGUUUUACUACUUCGGAACUGAACUACACUCGGUGAAUGAACUACGAAAUUAUCGGGUUUGAGAAGGUAAAAAUUUUUUUCUUUUUCUUGUGUAUCGAAGUACGAACGAAAUUGGAGGUAACAGCUGGACUGGAGAGUGGUGGAUUCGAUUGAACUGUACCUACUUUGUAAGACUGCUAAUUGUUGUGUUUCAAUAAAUCUCAAAUCUUCAGGA